ACCACAAACCCUACUCUCUCACUCUCUCUUUUUCUCUCUCUUAGUAUUGAAGCCCUAGCAAGAAUGGCUUCGCGAAGGCUCUUAGCCUCGUUUCUGCGAUCAUCGGCACGCCGAUCAACGGCCAAAUCUCCGAUCGGGAACUCUAACCCUAGGCUUUCAUCCCCAUCUCCCGUGCGUCGAUCUUCACCUGGCGGCUACAUCCUAACGCGCGUUGCCGACUACGCUACCUCAGCCGCAGCCGCGGCAUCUCCGGCUACAUCCGCUCCGCCGAAGAAGGAUGCCGGAAAGGGUGGGAAGAUCACUGACGAGUUCACCGGUGCCGGUUCGAUCGGGCAUGUCUGCCAGGUCAUUGGUGCUGUCGUCGAUGUGAAAUUCGACGAGGGCUUGCCGCCGAUCUUGACGGCGCUUGAGGUUCAGGACCACCCGAUCCGACUGGUUCUUGAGGUGGCUCAGCACUUGGGUGAAGGUAUGGUUCGUACCAUUGCUAUGGAUGGUACCGAAGGGCUUGUUCGAGGUCGACGCGUGCUCAACACUGGCUCUCCGAUCUCUGUUCCUGUUGGUAGGGCUACCCUUGGUCGUAUCAUAAAUGUAAUUGGAGAGGCAAUUGAUGAGAAGGGCGAACUCAAAACCGACCACUAUUUGCCCAUUCAUAGAGAAGCCCCAGCUUUCGUUGAGCAAGCUACUGAACAACAGAUCCUUGUUACUGGAAUCAAGGUUGUUGAUCUCCUUGCACCAUACCAAAAAGGUGGAAAGAUUGGGCUUUUUGGGGGUGCUGGUGUAGGAAAAACUGUGCUUAUUAUGGAACUUAUCAACAACGUUGCUAAAGCACAUGGUGGUUUCUCUGUGUUUGCUGGUGUAGGUGAAAGAACACGUGAGGGUAAUGAUUUGUACAGGGAAAUGAUUGAGAGUGGUGUUAUUAAGCUUGGAGAUAAGCAGGCUGAAAGCAAGUGCGCCCUGGUGUAUGGUCAAAUGAAUGAACCCCCUGGUGCACGUGCUCGUGUUGGGCUUACUGGGCUGACUGUGGCUGAGCACUUCCGUGAUGCUGAGGGACAGGAUGUACUUCUCUUCAUUGACAAUAUUUUCCGCUUUACCCAAGCAAACUCUGAGGUGUCUGCUUUGCUUGGUCGUAUCCCUUCUGCUGUUGGUUACCAACCCACCUUAUCUACUGAUCUUGGAGGCCUUCAAGAACGUAUUACAACCACCAAGAAAGGUUCCAUCACUUCUGUCCAAGCUAUUUAUGUGCCUGCUGAUGACUUGACAGAUCCUGCUCCUGCUACCACUUUUGCUCACUUGGAUGCCACAACUGUGUUAUCUCGUCAGAUAUCUGAGCUUGGUAUCUAUCCAGCCGUGGAUCCCCUAGAUUCUACAUCUCGUAUGCUUUCUCCUCGUAUCUUGGGUGAUGAACACUACAACACUGCACGUGGUGUCCAGAAGGUCAUUCAAAAUUACAAGAAUCUUCAAGAUAUCAUUGCUAUUUUGGGAAUGGAUGAGCUCAGUGAAGAUGACAAAUUGACUGUUGCCCGUGCUCGUAAAAUCCAAAGGUUCUUGAGCCAGCCUUUCCAUGUUGCAGAAGUAUUCACUGGAGCUGCUGGCAAGUAUGUUGAGUUGAAAGAGAAUGUUAACAGCUUCCAGGGAGUGUUGGAUGGAAAAUACGAUGACCUUCCUGAACAGUCCUUUUACAUGGUUGGAGGUAUUGAUGAGGUCGUUGCUAAGGCUGAGAAGAUUGCCAAGGAGAAUGUCUAAUCAGUAUCCCUUUCUCCCCCAAUCUUUUGUUCCUUUCUCUUGAUAAUUGCGAAAAACCAAUAAUUUAGGUGAUUGCUGGCAAUGCUAGCAGCAAACAGGAAUUUUCAAUUAUAAUUUUUUUUUUUUUUUUUGGGAGAUGAAAAUGUAUCAGGAUUUACCGAUUUCUGUUUUAAGUUUAUUGCCGAGAGUGUUGAGAGAAUGGAGCACAGAUAUUAGCCAAUGUCCUGACCCCUUCUUUGUUAUUUUUUUUGAAGUUUUAUUGUUGUUUUAAUAAGGGGAAAAAGAAAAAACCGACAUGUAUAUUUUGCCAUUUCCAUUUCAGAACAUUGGAUGCACUGAUGAUGUUAAAUCCCUACUUGUUUCAUAUGGAAUCAUUUCACAUCUA